UCGCGUGUGUCUUGACGCCACACGGCGGCAGCUCCUGCUCGCAGACUCCUCACGCAUCCUCACACCGCUGACCUGAGCUUAGCUUGUGUGUCCUGCAUGUGUGUGCAUGUGUGUGCAUGUGUGAGCGCGAGUGUGAGUGAUUCCCCCAGAAAGCAGCGGCAGCGGCAGCAGCAGCAGCAGCAGCGGCAGCGGCGGCGGCGGCGGCGGCAGCAGCAGGAUGGAGGAUCUCAAGGAGAAUGUGGGAACUUUGGAUUGACGCCCGGGGAUAACGCGCAGGUCGGCCCGAACCUCCAUCGGCUCUCUCGCGGAUUUUUAUCUACACUUGGAUGUUGUCUGUGUUCCCCUUUCCCCUCAUUCUUCUUCUUCUUCUUCUUCUAAUCACUGGGAAUUUACAUUUGGCUUACAACUCCUGUUAUUAUUAUUAUCCGUGGCGUGAAAAAUGCCAUUCGCCAAACGGAUUGUGGAGCCGCAGCUUCUGUGCAGGCACCACAUCCCCAACGAUGAAGGUCUGCUGUUCGAGGACCUGUGUGCCAUCAGUAACGUGGUUCUGUCCCGGACCUUGCGACAGCUGUCUGACCUGGCACGGCACGCCUGCUCCUUAUUCCAGGAGCUGGAGAACGACAUCAUCAGCACCAACCAGCGGGUCUGGGUCCUCCAGAACAAAAUAGGCCAGAUCCAGCAGACUGCCAGCAACCUGGACCCUAAAAAGGAGGCAGUGCCGGUGUCAAACCUGGAUAUCGAAAGCAAGCUGUCCAUUCACUAUCAGGCUUCAUGGCACCAACAACACAACGUGUUUCAUCCUUGCACUCGGCCGCCGUGUUUGGAGGAGCUGCACAGAAAAGCCCAGCUCAGUCUCAGAGCCCUGAACCGAGACGAACAACAGCACCAGCGCUCCACAAGUCGGGAGAGAAACAGGGUGACCAUCUCCAUCUCAGUGGCGCCGCCCAUGCCAACCUUCCCCUCACCUCACAGCAUCCGCCGGCAACAGAGGAGUCGCCUGGCACGAGCGCAAGAGAGAGCAGAGAGAGAGCGAGAGUUAGACUAUCAACCCAGGAAGGAGAGGACGGUGAGAGAAACAGAGAUCCAGACCAUGCAGAGAAAAGAGAGGCCGGGGAGAGAAGCAGAUAUGCAGACGAUCCAAAGAAAGUUUGAGUGCUUUUACUCACUUCACCCCAUUGAAAGUUGCAUCUUCAUCCCAUGGAAUAGAAAGGCUACCUCAACCGGGGAAGACGAAGGUGGUGAGGUCACAGGAGGUCACAGAGCAAAGGCCUCCGCCCCCAAUACUUCCUCAACCCUGGAGAAACAGACACACUCGUCCAAGGAAAACCUCCCGCCGUCAGAUCCGAAGUUAACUGCCGAUUCUCACUCCAUCUCCUCCUGCAUCAUCCCCAUCAAUGUCACAGGAGUUGGGUUUGACAGGGAAGCAAGUGCUCGUUGCUCACUCGUCCACUCCCAGUCGGUUCUUCAGAGGAGAAGGAAGCUGAGGAGGAGGAAGACCAUCACAGGAAUCCCCAAAAGAGUACAUCACGACUUGGACUCAGAUGAAUCACCCGUAGCAAGAGAGCGCACAGUGAUCGUCCAUGCCAACCCGCACCAACUCUCUCUCUGUCAGGAAGAUCUUUCAAUCAGUGGUCGCCUCCAUCACACUCGUGACUCUGGCUGCCAGACAGACGAUUUCCUUAUAGCAUGUACAGCUGCUCCCUCCAGAAGGCGCAUUCGAGCGCAACGUGGCCAUCAGGGAAUCCCCGCCUCUCUGUCGCAUUCAACAGGCAACAUUUCUUCCCUGGGAGACCAGUCAGACUCCACAUACACCUCUGCCUCAGCCCACGGUGGACGCCUACGCUCUCGCAGCCUCCCACGAGAAGGUGGACGUCUAAUGGACAGCGAUGACGACGAAGACGACGACGAUGAUGAUGACAAUUACGAUGACGAUGAUGAGGACGAGGACAUGUCACCUUAUGAAGCGGAGGACUUUAUUCCACCUGGGCCUAGUCCAAGAAUGAAGAUGAUGAUGAUGAAGGAUGAGGAGGAGAGCACAGACGACCAGGCGCCUCCUGAGCCACUGCAACUUGGAAGCCUAAAAAGGUUGCAGCGAUCUGGGGAAAGAGACAGAGGAGUUGGUGGAGUGGGAAGCCCAGAACACAGCUGGAAGGAGAGGGGGCGAUCUCGCUUACCCCGCAAAGCUGACAUGGGUAGCUGUGAGAUCUCAUCAAGUUCAGAUACUUUCAGCAGUCCUAUUCACUCGGUGUCUACAACAGGAGUGCUAGGCAGCCAUGUGGACCACAAGGAGGACCACCAAUCAUCAAGUGGGAACUGGAGUGGUUCCAGCUCCACCUGCCCAUCUCAAACAUCUGAAACCAUUCCUCCGCCCUCUUCUCCACCACUGACAGGAUCGUCACACUGCGACUCAGAGCUCUCACUCAACACUGUGCCCAAUGCCAUUGAUGAGGGAUAUUCCUUGGAUCCCUCAUACCACUCUGACCUCAGACCACAGGGUCAGGCCCACAGGUCAAGCUCAUUCACAUCCUCAGCCACAGACCAGCUGGAUGAUGCAGGGGUCAGUACAGCCAGUGAAGGGGAAUGGAAUUACCCUCCAGACCAGGACCAGACUGAUCCAGACCAAGACCCUGAUCAGACCCAAAGCCUGAGUCAGAACCAUGGGUUGACCCAGGGGUACCGCUCCAAACAACGUCUAGAAGACCCAACCUGUUUUAGUGACCACAAAUCUAGUAACAGUGAGAAAGUGUUAGGUUCUCAUUACACAUCUGACACAGAGAGUUUCCACUCGUCGUCUGUGCAUUUUGGGGAGUGUAAUCAGAGUUACAGAGGAUACAUGUAUAACUAUGCACACCCAGGAACAGACUGCAGUCAGUCCAACGGUGGGUCAACAGCUCUAUCUCCUGGAGUUUACCGCCACACCUCAGCUGACUUCAGAGCAGGCACUAUGACCUUGGGGAGGAUCUGUCGUUCAACGAGAAAACCGAAGGUCAAACCCCCGCCGCCCAAACGGACUUCUUCCUUGAAGGAGAACAGUGUUUGUGUUGAUGUCGGAACAGACACACAAGCAGAUCAAGAUCAACCAAAGACAGUUAGUGAACAAGAGCUUAACUUGUCUUCCACAGAUUUGAAGCUAGAACUGGAGCUGGAGAUUGGAGGUGUUCCUGAACCGUUAGAGACAUCUUGCUUAGUGGCAGAGCCUUUAGGGACGUGGGGAAUGGGGCUGAGCGAAACUGUGGACAUAGUAGAGCCCAUGUCCUUUAGCUCUGCAGAUACACACUCAUUUAAGGAUGAAGGUGCUGUGCAAUCUGACUAUGCAGACCUGUGGCUUCACAACUCUGAGCCAAAGUCCAACAAUGGGGAGUACACCACUAUGUCGAACUCAAGCACAGCCACAGGCACGACUGUCAUGGACUGUAUAAAGUCACCAGACAGCUCUUCCUCCUCCACAGAAACACAAAGCCAGGCCUUUGCCCAGGCCUCGGAGACCAGGGCAGCUAGUCCACCUCUCCCACCUGGAGACUUCAAACUUGGGUCUCCUGAGAAGCUGGCUGGUCUGGCCUCACCAUCUAGUGGCUACUCCAGCCAAUCAGAGACUCCAACAUCAACCUUGCCCUCAUCAUCAGCUGCAUUCUUCCCAGGACCUCUAUCUCCCUCCACUGGCAAAAGAAAGCCCAAAGUACCAGAGAGGAAGUCUUCUCUCUCUUCCCUGCAGCACUUUCCCAGGGAUGGAGUUUCCAUUUCCUCUAGCUAUAAGAGAGACCCGGACUUCCCACCUCCACCCUCUCAACUUGAUCUCAAUGUUCUUCACGGUGGCUAUGUCAGACACACGCUAUCCCACCGGACACAUCACUACCACACGCUCCACCACACCAAACACAGAGUUUCAAAUGUAUUUACCACUGGAACAAAAUUGUUGCCCCCCGAGACAUCAAACACCAACCUGCCACAGAGUUCAAACCCUGCUUCAACAAUUAAUAGCUCCAAUCAAUUGGUGAUACCUCCAUCUGCUCCUCGUUUUGUGCAGCUGCAUCCUGUUAGUCAGUCUAUGGAUUUUUCUGCUACUUCAGACCAAGAAACGGCAAGCGGCCCAGAGACCGCUACAAGACCCAAAUGUCCACCUAGUGGUUCUACUCUGGCUCCACCACCUAUUAAACCAAGACCUCUCCCUCCUCGUAGACCACCUCCCAGACCUCCAUGUCAUGACCACACCUCCUCCCCGGAACAUUCCCACCCACAUCCCCCAGGUCGUCACCCCGAUGGGCCUCCAUCCUAUGAAAGUCUGCUGCUCAGACAGGACCGCUAUGGACCUGGAACGUUCUGGGCUAUGACAGCCUUCAGAACCCGAAUAGACCCAUCCUCAGAACUGUCUGAAGACAGCUCACCUUUGCAUCGGCCUGUGCCACGUGCACCGCACCCUUCGCCUGUGGAUUUACACACACACAUCCACUCACACGCAGAGUUCAGAGGGCUCACACACUCGAGUAAUACACAUUCUGAAUUUAGGGUUUUGGGAGAGCGCUCCUUCUCCCAGGAUGAUGAUGAUGACGACGACGAAGAGGAAGAAGAGGAAGAGCAGGUGAAAGAACCGCCAAGGGCUGCAUGUUCCAGAGGAGGAAUGCGAUCGGACCACCCUCCACCUCCAGCAUAUGAGUUCGCUGGAGGAUUCCACUCAGACUCAGGGCCCUGGGCUAGUCCAAUCAAAGUGCCUGGCACCAUAAUGGAGACAUCGCAUCCUUACCUAAUCAGCGAUGCAAGGAGAGGAAGACAAGUAGACAAGGAAGAGGAGAAUGAAGUGACAUCAGGUGCUACCAGAAGUGCCCAUCUGCAGCACCCGCAGGAGUGCAAAGAUGAUUCCACUACUCCUGACACAGAGGAUUACUUCAGUAAAGGGAUAUUGUGUGUUACAGAUUCUACACCCAGUGAUAACUCGCUCUCCCCUCUGACGGACGACUCCAAAGCGGAUGAUGACAUUAUCACAUCACCCAACAAGACCCGUACAACGGAGGACCUGUUUGCCAUGAUACACAGAUCCAAAAGAAAGGUCCUUGGCCGUAAAGAUUCAGGGGACAUGAACUCAAAGUCUCGUCUUUGCCCCGCAGCAACAGUGACCCCUGGAAACGUCGCCACCAUCAUUAUCCCACCGGCUCCUCCUCUUAUCGUUCCAGCCAAUUUAGCCACUGCUGCUGGGUCACAACGAGCCCCUGUGCCGAUCUACCGCAGCGCCAAGAAAUCCACCACAUCCAAUGAGGAGUUUAAACUCCUGUUGCUAAAGAAAGGUAGCCGGUCAGAUUCCAGCUACCGCAUGUCAGCUACGGAGAUUCUAAAGAGCCCUAUCACCCCUAAAAUCCCUGGGGAGUCCCUUCAAGAGGGGCCCAUGAGACUGGAGGAGACACCCUCCACACUCCAAGAACCUACUAUUUCCAGUAUGGACUCAAUCCAGAUACCAGGUCUUUUUCCAAGGGCCAUCUCUGAGAGUUUCACCCCAAAAACCCUACCGUUGUCAGCUGCAUCUCGACAGGGUCGCUCACGGAUCCCACCUGUGGCCAACAGCAGUCGCUAUAGUACACGCAGCCGCCUCUACACGGCCCCCAUGCAAGCCAUUUCUGAAGGGGAAACAGAGAAUUCCGAUGGGAGCCCCCAUGACGACAGAUCAUCCUAAAACAACACAAUGACACAUCUUUGCUGUGUCCCACGUGUGAAAUGGCCCCUCGUACUUUUCUUCUACAGGAUAGGGGUUUCAUCAAGGCCAAUAUUGUACUUCAGUCUGAAGUACAGAAGUAUCAGAAUUUUUUUUUUUUAUAUAUAUAUAUAUCUAUUCUAUUUAAGGGUGCCAGACAGAGUUUUGUGAGUUACUGACUUACUAACGGAUGAUUAUGACGUCGUAUACAUUAAUACUGUAUAAUCGAAACAAUAGCUUCCUCACAGUUUAAAAAUUUAAGAUCUAUUUUGAUUGACUUUACAAAAAAAUGAAAAAAGCUCCCAAAUGAUUGGUAAAUAAUGAUAAAAAGAAAUUUUGUGGAAUAUGGACAAUGUAUUUCUACAUCUUGUGUUUUGAAAGGUAUGUGUGUGUGAAAGAGACAGAGAGAGAGAGUGAGAGAGAGAGAGAGAGAAACUGCUUUCUUAUGAAAAUUUAAAAACCCUAUUGAAAUUUUAAUAAUCUUUGAACUUUUGGUGCCCAAAGCAUCUGCCUGAAUUCCCAGAGUCCAUACUCAAUAUUCCUGCCAACAGAAAAAGGGUUUGUUUGGGUUUUUUUGACGUGGAAGUUACUAACAACACCAACAUAUCGAUCAUAUUUCCAUCUGCAGACUUGGCAUAGAGAGAGUAUAUCACACAGAGCCAAUCAUAUAUUUCUUCACAUAAAUUAUAUCCAAAAAGAUAACAUGAUGCAUGUAUUUUUAUAAAAACGCGCCUCAGAACAUGAUGAUUAAGUCUCACCAUGUUGCAUGACCCUAUAUGGAAACAUCCCCAGGAUCCUGGUUUUAACAUUUUGUGGUUCCUUUGUAUAAUAAGGUUAAUGAAUCUUUCACUGUGAAAGGUUUUUGGUGGUGUUUCUUAACCCCCAUUUUCAGUGAUCAAAAAUUGAUUUGUCUUGGACGUGAAUUUCAAACUCGAUGGAGCAAGGGCUUGUAAUUAGAUGGAGCCCAUUUCUCUAAGUUACUGGCUAAUUUUGGACAAUCGCACAGUGGCCUUUCUCUACCAGAGUAUGUUGUAAGCAGGGCAUUUAUACGUCUCUGCGCAUAUACAAGGACCCUCGCCAUGUUCCACCAGAAUUCAAUCACAUACUUAUUUUAAAAAACAAAGACUGAUUUAAGCGUUUCCAGCUGCUGGCCAGUCUCGCUGUGCUCACGGAAAAAAAAGAAAAAAAAGGUGCAUUUCAAAGCAGUUUGAGUGGAGAACGGUGAAAAUGCUUUAGAAGGUCCUCAAUCGGUUUGACGUAGAGGUGAAUUAUUUGGGAAGCUGUCCAAGAAUCAACCUCGCUUUUGCACUCAAUUCUUCAAGAGUAUUCCUUAAAAUAUAUAUAUAUAUAUAUCUUAUAAUGAA